AUGGACGUCGUUAUCACGCUUUCCGAGGAGGAGAAUGAGAUGAACCGUCUUGACUUCCUCUCGACCUUGAUCUUCAAAGCCAUUGGCAAGUUGUACUUAGCUCCAAUUGAGCAGAAGAAAACUCAUCGCAUCUUGGACAUUGGCACUGGGACUGGAAUCUGGGCUAAGGAGAUGGGAGACUUGUUCCCCAACGCUGAGAUUAUCGGAAACGACCUGAGCGCAAACCAACCAACUUGGGUACCGUCAAACGUUAAAUUCGAGGUCGACGAUGUCGAAAGCCCUUGGUUGCCUACAACCAAAUUUGACUACAUUUUCUGCCGUUCUAUGGCCGGUGCUAUCGCUGACUGGCCCAAGUUGGUCAAGAAUAUUUACGACAAUACCAACGCCGGAGGCUGGGUCGAAUUCCAAGACUGGGAUCUCCUAUACCGCUCUGAUGAUGGCUCCAUCACCGAUGAGCACGAAAGUCUGAAGAUGAAUAAGACAUUCAUCAGCACCUGCAGGCAGAUUGGCCGUGAGCCCUGUCCGGGCCCCUUAUUCAAGGACUGGGUCACGGAGGCCGGCUUCACCAAUAUCACCCAUGAGACGUAUAAACUGCCAAUUGGUACUUGGCCCAAGGAUCCCCAUUAUAAGGAUCUCGGUCUUUGCAACCUCAUCCAGAUUUUGGAUGGUUUGGAAGCCUUCAAUUUGCGGCUACUUACUGGCGUACUUGGCUGGACGAAGGAGGAGGUCAUGGUGAUGCUAGCAGCUUGUCGAAAUGAGUUGAAGACAGGCGCCUUCCAUGCCCGCAUGGAGUUUCACGUUGUUUAUGCUCAGAAACCAGAAGAGGAAGCUUAG